GACCCCAGCGCCCGGAGGAGCGGCCCAACCACCUGAACCCGGAAAACGCCAACAAGUAGUUUCUCGUUGGAGCAGGGCUGCUCGGCUGGGUGUCAGGACUCAGUCCGGCUGCCCGGAGAAGCUCGUCCACUCGGAAACCAAAGCAGAACCACUUUUCUGUCGGUCUCGUUAAGUCAUGUCUGAGCCACAGAGAUGGGCAAGAUCGAGAACAACGAGAGGGUGAUCCUCAAUGUCGGGGGCACCCGACACGAGACCUACCGCAGCACCCUCAAGACCCUGCCUGGGACGCGCCUGGCCCUGCUCGCCGCCUCCGAGCCCCCGGGCGACUGCCUGACGGCGGCGGGCGACAAGCUGCAGCCGUCGCCCCCUUCGCUGUCGCCGCCGCCGCGACCGCCCCCACUGUCUCCCGGGCCGGGCGGCUGCUUUGAGGGCGGCGCGGGCAACUGCAGCCCCCGCGGCGGCGGCCGCGAGUUCUUCUUCGACCGGCACCCGGGCGUCUUUGCCUACGUGCUCAACUACUACCGCACGGGCAAGCUGCACUGCCCCGCCGACGUGUGCGGGCCGCUCUUCGAGGAGGAGCUGGCCUUCUGGGGCAUCGACGAGACGGACGUGGAGCCCUGCUGCUGGAUGACCUACCGGCAGCACCGCGACGCCGAGGAGGCGCUCGACAUCUUCGAGACCCCCGACCUCAUCGGCGGCGACCCCGGCGACGACGAAGACCUGGCGGCCAAGAGGCUGGGCAUCGAGGACGCCGCGGGCCUGGGGGGCCCCGACGGCAAGUCUGGCCGCUGGAGGAGGCUGCAGCCCCGCAUGUGGGCCCUUUUCGAGGACCCCUACUCGUCCAGAGCCGCCAGGUUUAUUGCUUUUGCUUCUUUAUUCUUCAUCCUGGUUUCGAUCACAACCUUUUGCCUGGAGACACAUGAAGCUUUCAAUAUUGUUAAAAACAAGACAGAACCAGUCAUCAAUGGCACAAGCGUUGUUCUGCAAUAUGAAAUCGAAACGGAUCCUGCCUUGACGUAUGUAGAAGGAGUGUGUGUGGUGUGGUUUACUUUUGAAUUUUUAGUCCGUAUCAUUUUUUCCCCUAAUAAACUUGAAUUCAUCAAAAAUCUCUUGAAUAUCAUUGACUUUGUGGCCAUCCUACCCUUCUACUUAGAGGUGGGACUCAGUGGGCUGUCGUCCAAAGCUGCUAAAGAUGUACUUGGCUUCCUCAGGGUGGUAAGAUUUGUGAGGAUCCUGAGAAUCUUCAAGCUCACCCGCCAUUUUGUAGGUCUGAGGGUGCUUGGACACACUCUUCGAGCUAGCACUAAUGAAUUUUUGCUGCUGAUAAUCUUCCUGGCUCUAGGAGUUUUGAUAUUUGCUACUAUGAUCUACUAUGCCGAGAGAGUAGGAGCUCAACCUAACGACCCUUCCGCUAGUGAGCACACGCAGUUUAAAAACAUUCCAAUUGGCUUCUGGUGGGCUGUAGUGACCAUGACUACCUUGGGCUAUGGGGAUAUGUACCCCCAAACAUGGUCAGGGAUGCUGGUGGGAGCCCUGUGUGCUCUGGCUGGAGUGCUGACAAUAGCCAUGCCAGUGCCUGUCAUUGUCAACAACUUUGGGAUGUACUACUCCUUGGCAAUGGCGAAGCAGAAACUUCCAAGGAAAAGAAAGAAGCACAUCCCUCCUGCCCCUCAGGCAAGCUCACCUACUUUUUGCAAGACAGAAUUAAAUAUGGCCUGUAAUAGCACACAGGGUGACACGUGUCUGGGCAAAGACAAUCGGCUUCUGGAACAUAACAGAUCAGUGUUAUCAGGUGACGACAGUACAGGAAGUGAGCCGCCAUUAUCACCCCCAGAAAGGCUCCCCAUCAGACGCUCUAGUACCAGAGACAAAAACAGAAGAGGGGAAACAUGUUUCCUACUGACAACAGGUGAUUACACGUGUGCUUCUGAUGGAGGGAUCAGGAAAGAUAACUGCAAAGAGGUUGUCAUUACUGGUUACACGCGAGCUGAGGCCAGAGCUCUUACUUAAUGACUUGGGGAAGGCACAAAACAUGAGAGAAAGGUAACUGCCAGCCAGGCUUGCAUUGUUUAGCCAGGAAUUGCUGCUUGGUAUUAGAGUCAUAUAUAUAUUUUUCCAAUCCCAGGAUUUGUCAUCAUUUUCAGAGGCAAAGUGCCAAAUAUCACCCAAAGCUCUCGUGUCUUUUUUUAUCCCCUUCCUUUAUUUUUAUUUAUUGAUUUUUGUGCAAACAUCAAAGAUGAUUGUUUUCACUGGAGGCUUUCUUGACCAGCCUUAAAUUUCUGACUCACGGGAUUAAUCAGAUUUUCAGGCAGUGUUGAAUCAGGUGCUUUGUCCUGUAUGGCGUUUUGUCUGUCUGUCUUAGCUCCCUGUCUUCAAUGUAUAUGCCAUCUGUCUUCAUGAAGCACAGAAAUGCCUUGAUAAGAUGUUCAUGAUUUUAGUACCGGGUCCUCUCCCCUGCCCCCCGCCUUCUCUGCUAUUUGGAACAGCCUCUCUGCUUUGUGUGUAAAUGGAUGAUGCCCUGUAGACUACCUACGUUAAUCAGUACUGUGAACCUUUUUGAUAAGCAGGAUUUAAGCAGCAGUAUCACCAUUACAUUUGGUUGCUGGCUGCAGUGUCAGUGUCUACUACCUAGCAACCAGCAUUCAUCACUACACUCCAGCAAAACCCCUAGGGAGUUUUAUUCAGCCCAAGUGGAAGAAAUUCUGUUUACAGCGUCCCGAUGAAUGCAAUAGCAAUAGUGUGUCCAGUGUAUUGGGCAUGUGAGGGAGGAAAAAUGCCAUACUAUAAAUUGAGGGAUAAACAUUAUUAUUUCUAAGGCAUUCAGGAUCCUUGAGACUGUUGAUUAAUCCUUAAUUCUCAUGUUUAUUUUUUGUGAGGAAACAAAUGUCAUUUUUAUUAUUGAUCACAUAACGUCUAUUAUUCUCUAAGUCCUAAAGCAUGAACUGCAUGUCUGAGAUUUUGUACGGCAAUGUAUUUACCCAGACGUACACAUCUGAUAUUUAGAGAUUCUGUGAUCCUUUUAAUAACACCACCCUUAGAAAGUUAUAAUUCCAUAUAGCUUUAUGGUAAAGGAAUUAAUAUACUGUCUGGUGCUGCUGUUAUUGACUGCAGUGUUGUACAGAAUUUAUCAUGGAUUUUUGACUGCUGAAAAAGGGACAAUGGAAUUUAGCCAUGCCAAGGACUGUACUG